CAGCUAAGCGGCCGUGUCAGCGUGAUCAGUUCUGGGACCCGCGUUCCACCGGCGGCGUCCGAGGGUGACCACUGGGGCCGAGAGCCCGGCAGGGACGCACUGGGUCGCAGGGCCACCCGGUCCCAGGCGCAGGCGGCGCGGGGUCAGCACAGAGCUACCCGGCCUGGUGUUCAUGGCCCAGGCCGCAAGAGGCUGCUCGCUGGUGUCUGUGCUGGUGACCACGUUGCUGUUGGUGGCAGCUGAAAUAGAUCUGUGCAAGCGAGGCGACGUCACUGUGAGACCGGCGCGUGUGGUGGCCCUGGGCUCAGCGGUCGAGGUCUCCUGCAGCCUGAAGCCGGGACAGGGCUGCCAGCGCCACGCCAGUUCCGACAGCCUGGUCCUCUACAGGGUCCGUGGGGACCGGGAGCUCCGGGAAGUAGCUGCCCGCCGCGGCCAGACCCUGAGCCUGCAUGUCAGGGACCUGCCCCGGGGCACGACCCUGUUCGUCUGCAAACUGGCCUGCGCUGGACGCCACCAGGCCCGCGUGUGCGGGGCCGAGAUCUCCGCAGAUGCUCUGCCAGAGCCGCCUGGGAAUGUGUCCUGCGUGCAGGAGGGAGAGCAUGGCUCCAUCACCUGCUCCUGGAGCACGGGCCCAGCUGUCCACCUGCGCAGGAACUACAUGCUGCGGCUCCAGGGCCCGGGAAAUUCGACGUGGCAGGCGCAGUGCAAUGACUGCAGUCACCUGGACCUCGGGAUCAGCCUCACCUCUGAGCACCUUGAAUCCAGGUUCACGGCCACGGUCACCGUCACCAACGCCCUGGGGAGUUCUUCCUCGCUCCCAGCCCCGUUCAGGCUCCUGGACAUAGCAAGGCCGCUGCCUCCGUGGGACGUCCACGUCCAGUUCCUGAACGGCUCCAACAGCCGCUGCCGCCUGCAGUGGAGCAACGAGGCCUGGGUGCUGCUCAGCCGGCUUCAGUACCGGCCCCGAGGCAGCGGGUCCUGGAGGACGGUCAACAUGACGGACUCCCCAGGGAGACAUGACCUGUGGCACCUGGCACCCUUCACGGAGUACGAGUUCCAGGUUUCCUCGAGGCUGCACCGCUCCCAGGGAGGCUGGAGUGAGUGGAGUGAGCCGCUUUGGGCACGCACGCCGGAAGAAGAGCCCACAGGGACACUGGACGUGUGGCUCCGGACCUGGCCUGCGGACGGUGACCAGCGGGUCUCCCUGUUCUGGAAGAGUCUGAGAACUGCGCAGGCCAGAGGGGAGAUCCUACACUACCAGGUCGACCUGCAAGAGGCGAUGGGGAGGACGCCCACACUGCGGAACGUCACGCGAGACACCUCCUGGACCUGGGUCAUCCCCCGCACCGGGGUGUGGACAGCAGCCGUGUCCGCCAUCAACUCCAAAGGAAGUUCCCGCCCCGCGCGCCUGGCCCUAGCGGAUCCAUGCAGCACAAGGUCCCUAGCUCCUGCCCUGGUCUCCACGAGCACGCAGGACGGGGACCGCAUCCUGGUAACCUGGCAGCCUCCGGGGCGCAGUGGCCCCGCCGUGCAGCAGUACGUGGUGGAGUGGACGGCGCUGGCUGGGCACGGCUCCCGGGCUCCCCCGAGCUGGCUGCGGGUACCCCCCUCCGGCAGGUCCGCUGUCAUCUCAGAGAACACGGAGCCCUACGUAUGCUACCAGGUCCGCGUGUACGCGUUGUCGGGGGACCUCAGUGGGUGCAGCUCUGUCCUGGGUGACUCCAAGCAUAAAGCCCCGCUGAGCGGCCCCCACAUCGAGGCCAUCACCGAGGACCAAGGGCAUGUCCUGGUGUCCUGGAGCCCUGGCCCGACCCUGGAGCAGGUGGGCUGUGUCCUGCGCCUCAGGAUCUACUGGCAGGAACAGGACUCCAGCGCCCCGCCCGGGCUCCAGGAGGUGUCCCCCGGGCGUGCCCAGAACUCCUACGCCCUCCCGGGCCUGCAGCGCCAGGUGCCCUACACGUUGUGGAUGACGGCGCUGACCGCGGCGGGCGAGAGCCCCCCGGGGAACCAAAGGGAAUUUUUCCUGCGAGGGGGAGCUAGCUGGAUCUCCGUCCUGGUGCCCAGCGCCUGUGUGGCUGCUGUCACUGUGGGUGUCCUCUCCACCCCCUGCUUUCGGCAAAAGAUACUGGUCCUGCUCUCCAUCCUCAGGCCACAGUGGUGCAGCCCAGGGAUCCCAGACCCAGCCAACAGCACUUGGGCCAGGAGGUUCCUGCUGGGGGAGGAGAGGACACCACUGCCAGUGGAUGGGACACAGGUGGCCAUGUACCCCCCAGAAGAGCCUGAGCCCCUGGUCAUCAGCGAGGUUCUGCACAGAGGUCCCCACUGGCCUGAGCAGGGACAGGGAGGCCGAGGUCACUUGGCCUGCACUGAACAUCCUGGGGACAGAGGGUGCAGCCCAGCACCUGCAGGAGCUCUGUACAAGGUGCUGGGGGGCCAGGGUGGGGAGCCAGCACAUGGGGUGACACUCCCGGGCCCCGACGGCUACCUACCCUCCGGCCCAGGGGAUGCAGCCACCCGAGGGUCCCCACUGCCUGAGCCGGUGGAAGAGCUGGGGCCGCAACACGUGGCUCUCUCAGUCUUCACCACCCACUCUCUGCACCCGCUCAGUGUGGCCUGCGGCCCCAGGCUGACCCUGGAUCAGCUGAGGAUGGGCUGUGAUGCCCUGGUGCUCUGAGCCUGCCCAGGGGAGCGUCCCCACGUGCAGGGGCAGCCUUGAUGGCUUCAACUCUACAUAAGGUGGGCACCAGCUCACCGCACAGACCUCGCCUCCAGCCUGGGCUCCUGGCUGUGGUGACAAGAAAGGGGUGACGAGGGGACAGAGUGGAGAACAGAGCCUGACUGUGGGAGGAGCCGGCAUCAAGCAUGCAGCAACCAGCUGUGGCCUCAGACUGGCCACAGUCCUCCUGCCUCAGCCUCCCAGCACUGGGACACAGGCCGCUGUCAGGUGCCUUGUAGACGGGGUGAGAUUGAACCCAGGGCCUCGUGCCCGUGCGGCCAGUGCUGUGGCAUCAGCUGCAUCCGGCCACACCACAACCCUGGAGAGAAAGCAGCCAGAGCCUUGGCUGUGCUCAGGACAGAGCCCGCCCUCUGCUGACUGUGACAGGGACCGUGGCAGCCGAAAGGGAAAGACUGCGCCCUCCUGACCUCACCGCAUCCAUUCAGGCGCACAGCCGGUUCCCUGCUGAGGCGGCCCCAGGAGUACUCCUCCUUCCCCAGUCAGCCUGCUUCCCAAUGCCCACAUUUCCCACAGCCAGCGGCCACCAGGGGGCGCCCUGGGCACAGUGAACACCAUCUGGCUCCUCUGUGCCCCAGGCCCUGGCUAACCCUGUCCAGGUGAGGUCAGGCCUCCUCCUGGUCCUGCCUGGGUGCCCUCAGCUCUCUGGCUGCUCAGAGAAGCCGCUGCCUGGGUUUCAUAAAAGUCAGCUUCCUGGGCCGCGGGUUGAGCUCAGCGGUGUGAAGGCCUGCGUGGCCGGUGUGAGGUGGUGACAAAAAAUGAUCUUUAAAUCCA